GGCAAUAUCACACUUGUUCUUUUGUAACGUAAAUAUAACGGAGUGUCACUUUGGAAAGAAAAUGUGGUAAUUAAAAUUUUUGUAUAAGGUUUCGUUUCUGUGUAAUGCAUUAUUAAUGGCAGAGGCCGGUACUCCGAUUUUAUUUGCAGCAGACAAUGGCUACCACCAGAGCUAUUUAUCAUUUAUUAAGACAGCGACAUGCGCUACUUUCAAAGUUUCCAGCAUCAUCUUACUGUGUUCUACUAAACGGUUCUUUAAAAAAUAAUAUCUUUCAAGGAAUUCGUUGUUCUAGUAAUAAAUCUGUUCCUACAACGACAUCUAAGACGAAUUCAAAAGUUGGGUAUAUUGAUGUUGGUUCCGUUAAAGAAAAUACCAAAGUAAUCUGGUAUUCUGUUGUAAUAUUAAUUGGCUUGGGAGUGACUAUUGUAAUAGGUUAUACCAUUCUUAAAGAGUUGUUCUCUAAUGAAAGUCCAAAUGCUGUUUAUAACAGAACAUUGAAACGUUGUUUGGAAGACACAACCAUAGAGAGUAUUCUUGGACCACCAAUUACAGCCCAUGCAAGUAACCAACCAGGUCGUCGUGGUCGUCUCAGUUACAGUUACUAUGAUGGUGAUGGCUACACAGGUAUGAAAAUACAAUUUUACAUAAAAGGCACUAGGGAGAAAGCAACUGUUCAAGCUGAUUUGAAAAAUGGAAAGGAUGGUGUUUAUGAGUAUAUAUAUUUGAUUGUUCAAGUACAAAAUUAUGCCCAUAAUAUAAUUGUUUUAGAGGAUAAUAGACAUGAACUUAAUACGAAUGGUUAUACAAAUAAAAUUAUACAAAAUGAGACAUUAAGCAUGUAACACGUAAUGUGAAUUCCAAGACAGGGAUAAUGUUUGAUGUAUAAUGUAAAGAUAAAAAUAAAAUUCCGUAUAUAGUUAUCAUCAUA